AUGGGUUCAACGCAAUUCGGGAAUUUUCAUAACUUUUGUCGCGACACGACAUUGCCAAUCUGCAAUCUCUUCGUUUCAAAUAACCAACCGCCCAAUCAGGCCUACGGAGGCUGUGCGCUCACCGGAAUUCACCUUGGCAAUGGGAGGUACCUGGGGAAUCUGGGAUCGAUCCUUAUCGCCGGUCUCGCUAUAAUAACUUGCAUCUUCUUGCUCCUCGUAUCAGAGAGGAAACGUGCGGCCGUGGGAAGGAGGGAAAUUCAACUCUUUUUGAUCGGCUAUAUCAUCAUCUCAAUCUGUGAAAUUUUCACUGUUGGCGCAUUCCCGCUUGAGGACAAAAUUCGCAAGGGAUUCACCGGCGUGCACAUUGCCGCUAUAACAGCUACUGCGUGGAUUUUGUUUCUGAAUGCACUGGUCGGAUUCCAGCUUCUAGAUGACGGCACUCCUCUUUCUUUGGGUCUUUUCAUUGGAUCGGCCACCGUUCUCUUUAUCGGAACGGGAUACAUUGCUCUGGAUACAGGCUAUAGUUGGACCGGCCACUUUGAUUCCAGUCUGUCGGGGCAAAAUCGCAACAUAGGUCUAUAUGUACUGUACCUGUUGUUCCCACUUGUCUGCCUUUUCUUCUUCUAUGUGUUGGAAGCGAUACUCGUUCUACGAAUUCUUGGCGAGAGAAGACCUCUAAUCUAUCUCACUGCUGCAGCUCUUCUUUUCGCCAUCGGUCAAAUCUUCGACUUUGUCAUCAGCGUUCACAUUUGCAAUCCCGUUGACGGAAAGAUUAAUGGCGCUUUAUUCGAGACCUUCUUCUCGUAUUUGGCUGUCGUCUUCGUAUGGCUGUUUUGGAGCAGUAUCACAGAAGAUGACUGGCCAGUGGCAAGUACCGGCUACAAUUAA